AUGACAAAGAGCGAAUUCACUUAUCUACAAAGCAUAGUUACUCAGGAACAGCUUCGUACAUCAGAUGCAUUGGCUUCAGUGUUAAAGAAGCAUUCUUCGCGUACAAGAAACUUGACCGAAAUGUUAUCUCAACUGAGUAGUAAAAUGACAAUUCUGGAUUCACGCGUUUAUGAUCUAGAAGAAGUGAAUAUUACAACUAAACAGUCUUUGAAUACUCUUGCAACUAAAGAACAUUACAUCGAGAGACAGCUCGUGACUUUGUUGAAAGACUUAAACACAACACUGACCGAACUAUUAUCUAUGCAAAACACAGUUUCUCAAGACCAACUUCGUAUAUCAGAUGAAUUGGUUUCACUAAUAAACAACUAUUCUUCAAAUGUAAGGAAUGUUUCUGAGAUGUUGUUACAAUUAAAAAGCCAUGUAACAAUUCUGGAUUCAUAUGUGUAUGAUUUCCGAGAAGACGUGAACUCUACAAUUAACCGUUCUUUGAAAACAAUUGCAGCAUUAGAAAGUAACAACGAAAAACAGUUCGAGACUUUGUCAAAUGACUUAAAAACAACACAAAACAGACUUAGUUUUCUACAAACCACAAUAUCCCAGGAUCAAUUUGGAACAUCAAAUCAACAGGUUUUACUCACGAAAUCGGAAUCUACAAUUCUAAGGAGCGUUUCUGAAAUAUCACAACUGAAAAGCUUGACAACAAGUUUGGAUUCACGCAUUCAUGUUUUGGAAAAAGAAUAUAUUUCUAAAAAAAAUUCAGGCGUAAGACUGGUUGAUGGGAAUUUCACUGGAGAAGGGCGUGUUGAGGUGACAUACAAUGGCCAGUGGGGGACCGUUUGUGAUGACUCUUUCACAGACACAAAUGCUCAGGUUGUUUGUCGACAGCUGGGUUAUGAAUGGAAUGGUGCCAUUCAAAAACAGAGGGCUCCAUAUGGACAAGGGACGGGCGCAAUAGUUCUAGAUAAUGUAUCUUGCAGAGGAACAGAAAAGUCCAUAGCAAGUUGUCAGCAUAAUGGAUUUACAAAGGAAAACUGUGUCCAUAGUGAAGAUGUUGGUGUGGUUUGCUUCUCGGUCCGCCUGACUGGUGGAUCCUCAUCCAGAGAAGGAACAGUGGUCGUAACACUAGGAAAUACCGAGGGGAGUGUCUGUGAUGACCACUGGGAUACUGAUGAAGCUCGUGUGGUUUGUAGGAUGCUGGGAUAUACUGG